AUGUAUUCUGAUCAGACUCAAAAAGAUGCACUAUAUACAAUAUAUGCAUUGAUUCCUGUGUUGUCUGCACCUAUAUUUGAGAGUCUACCAGUGGAGGAAAUUACCAAAUCUUUACAAGCAAGAAGGUUAGAAAAGAAGACUGGUGGUUUAAGUGGUUCUUCAAAUCUUGGUGCUAGUUCAAUAGGUGAUGAAGGAUCAAGUACAACAACUGAUCAACAACCAGUGGAUGCUCAAUCACCAAAUACCCUGGACAGAAAGACCAAGAAUGAGUUAUGGAGUGAAUUGAAGAGUCAAACUUUAACUAGAUUAUUAACAUUAAUCUAUUCUAAUGCAUUAUUAAUUUUAUUCACAAGAUUACAAUUGAACAUUUUAGCAAGAAGGGAAUAUUUAGAAGAUGCUUUGAAAGUUGCUGCAACUAAACAUGGGUUCAAUGACAGAAUUGACAUGGUUGAUAAUACUAGUACAGAAAGUACAAACUAUGUUAAUGAACAAGCAUAUCUAUCUUAUAGUUGGUGGUUAUUAAACCGUGGUUGGAUCACUAUCAGGGAAAGAGUUAAGAAUGCAGUUGAUGAAGUGUUUGAAGAGAUAAAUCCUAGAGCUGAACUCUCUUUGGAUGAUUUCGCAAUCUUGAUCGGUAGGGCUCAAACAUUAAUUGAACAAGAGGAUGAUUCAAAUUUCAUAAGUUCUGCGUUAUUACCUCCAUCAAACUUGGAAACAUUUGUUGUUCAACAGACCCUUGAUGAAGAUAAUCUAUCAAGUUUAUCUAAAGAUAAUUCAAUUUUGCGUAUUUUGAUUGAUGAAACCAAAAAUUACGUGAAUUCGUCAUCAAGUCAAAUUGUAUUAAAUUCUUUGAUAAAUGUUGGUAUUACAACUGUAUUGAAUAAUAUUGCACUAUCAUUAUCAGCUAAAGAUCCAAAUCAAGAACCACCAAAUGAAAUUAAAGUUAAAUUAGCCAUUCUUUUAGCAAAUGUUACUAGAGCAUCUAAUGAUUUCAAAAACACCACGAAUUGUGAUUACGUGAACAACAUGGAUAAAGUUCCAGAAUUGGAUGAAUUAAGUGCCAGUGUAUAUUCCAAUUUUGAAAUCUAAAUUAAAUGAGAUCAGUAAUGUGUUUUUUCAGUGUUGUAGUUUUCUGUUAUUUAAGGUGAAAAUUAUGUAAGC